AUGCCAGAAACUGCCUGCAUCUGUAGUCCAUCAUCAUAUUGCAGGCUACAAAAGUUGUGGCUGUCCAUUAACAACAUAACUACCAUCCACCCUGGUACAUUUGCAAAUCUGCCCAAGCUACAACUGUUGUGUCUGAAUCGCAACCAGGUAACUACCAUCCCUUCUGAUACAGUUUCAAAUCUUCCCCAGCUACAAAUGUUGGACCUGGGCAGCAACCAAAUAGCUACCAUCGAUCCUGAAUACUUGGGACUAUACAACAACCAGAUAACUACCAUCGUUCCUGGAACAUUUGCAAAUCUGCUCCAGCUACAAAGGCUGCUCCUUCAUUACAACCAGAUAACUGCCAUUCCUUCUGGUUCAUUUGCAAAUCUUCCCAAGCUACAAAUGUUGUGGCUGAGAGACAACCGGAUAGCUACCAUCCAUUCUGGGCUGAAUCCCGGUGUUGUUGGGAACAACACAAACACAGCAGCGUCUGUAGUGGGCAGUGGUCAUGGUCAGGCAGGGCAGGGUCAGUCUCAGGCCAACACUGAAUCCACCACAAACACAACAGCUACUGUAAUGGCCAGUGAUGAUGAUCACCAGUAUGAAAAUAUUGACAAGCCCCGUGUCAAAACAGGGCAGGGCCAGGCUAACAUUCAAUCUCUGAACAUUGGGAAUCUAUCCCAUAACAAAGUGCUAGCUUCCCUAAAGCCAAAUCUUAUGUAUGCUGGUAACACAGCAGUUGCUGUAAUGGCCAGUGGUGAUGAUCACCAGUAUGAAAAUGUUGACUGCCCACGUGUUAAGAUAGGGCAGGGUCAGUCUCAGGCCAUUGUUCGAUCCCACACAAACACCACAGCUACUGUAAUGACCAGUGGUGAUGAUCAGACAGGGCAGGGUCAGUCUCAGGCUAACACUGAAUCCAACACAAACUCCACAGCUGUAUGCAUGUAUGCAGGUGAAGGAAACGCAGCAGUUUCUGUAAUGGCCAUUGGUGAUGAUCACCAGUAUGAAGAUAUUGACAACCAUCAUGUUAGGAGAGGGAAGGGUCAGUCUACCAACAUAAACACCACAGCUACUGCAGGGCAGGGUCAGUCUCAGACAAACACUGGAAUCUCGGAUGCUAGAAAUCUGUCUUAUGGCACAGGGCAGACUGCCUCGCAGCUGAAUUCUCUGUACAAGCACAAAACAGCUACUGAAAUGGACACUGAAUCCAACACAAACACAACAGCUACUGUAAUGACCAGUGAUCAUUAUUACCGGUGUGAAGAUAUUGACGGCAAUAGCGUUAAGACAGAACAGGGGCAGGGUCAGUCUCAGGCUCUCUGUGAAUCCAACCCAAACACCACAGCUCCUGUAUUGACCAGUGGUCAUGAUCAGACAGGGCAGGGUCAGUCUCAGACCAACACUGAAUCCAACCCAAACACCACAGCUCCUGUAUUGACCAGUGGUCAUGAUCAGACAGGGCAGGAUCAUGGUCAUGAUCAGACAGGGCAGGAUCAGUCAGGAGCUAAUAUUCAAUCUCUGAAAGUGGGGAAUUUAUCACAUAACGAAGUGUUAGCUGCCUUACAGCCAAACCCGAUGUAUGUAGAUGUAAAAACGCCACCUAAGGACCCAACAUCUACAGAAAUGGCCAGUGGUCAUGAUCAGACAGGGCAGGAUCAGUCUCAAACUAAUAUUCAAUCUCUGAAAGUGGGGGAUUUAUCACAUAACGAAGUGCUAGCUGCCUUACAGCCAAACCCGAUGUAUGUAGAUGUAAAAACGCCACCUAAGGACCCAACAUCUACAGAAAUGGCCAGUGGUCAUGAUCAGACAGGACAGGAUCAGUCUCAAACUAAUAUUCAAUCUCUGAAAGUGGGGGAUUUAUCAUGUGACGAAGUGCUAGCUGCCUUACAGCCAAACACUAUUGGUCACGAUGUGACAGGGCAGGAUCAGUCUCAAACUAAUAUUCAAUCUCUGAAAGUGGGGAAUUUAUCACAUAACGAAUUGCUAGCUGCCUUACAGCCAAACCCU